AUGCCGCCAACUAGUCUUCUACCAGCCUCUGCUGCUGCCUUUGCUCCCAGAUCUUCUCCUACCGUUGUGCUAUCCAGAGUGGAACAGUGGUUGACCCUGACGCUCAAGCGAGUUAACAAGGUGAAGCGGCCGCUGAACAACGUCGGGCAGCACACCCGAUGCCUUACAGAAGUGCUCUCCCACUCGAAUGCCCUAUGGAACCUAUGUUCCAUCAUGCUGCCCAAGGCUCCCGAGUCCAAACUGCCCAAGGAUGAAAACCCGCUCGUGGACGCCCUCUUCAACUACCAGCUCGCUCACAUGGAAGCCUACGUCGUGCAUGUCGACAUGGUAUCUCAGAACGAGGUCGCCUUCAAGCUGACGCCCGAGACCAUCGAGACGCUGGUCGACUACCACAAGGAGAUCUACUCCGUCGACACCGCCAGCAAGACAUGGGACUGGCCUGAAAAGGAGAUUCAACUCAAGAAACUCCAAGAAGAAUUCGUCCAGGCCGCCAACCGGUUCGUAUACCGGACCAACGCCACCGCCCUGGAAGGCAUGGAGGAAGAGGGCGCAGGAGAACUGCUCUGCGGACUGGCCGACGAGGCCAAAGCCGCUAUCAUGGGCCUCUUCGUUCCUCUUCUCCCUCCACCGCCACGGAUCGUCGAUGUGGUGCGUUCUACGCCAUUAGUCCCUUCUUCCACUGGCCCUGAUGAAUGGUGGCAUCAUAGCCCGAUUCAGCAAUCUCCUUCCCCGGUUGAGUCCUGGGACGUUCUACCUUCGAGUCCCAGCACGACCACGACGAGUGACUCGCAUCCGAACAUGUGGACAAACGUCAGCUACAGUGACAUGCCCCUGCCAUCGCCUACCCUGUCGCAUUGCCAGCCCUACUCCACGGCAACAUACAGCAGCCCCGAGUUCUACGAAUGUCCAACCACCCUAGCCUCCGCCAUCCCUUACCUCCUACCCGAUAUGCUGGUGCAGCAUCAGUGCGGUGCGGCUGCCGGCAUGGAUGGGUUCAUCUGGGCGGACCGAUACCCUGAUUUCGCCCUACAGUACGGAACAGCCAUGUAA